CAGAACUUUUGCCCCCCUCCCCACCUCUCGUUCCCCCCUCCUCCCCUCCCCACGCGCGCGCGCCGGCGAGAUCUGCCCAGGGUGGACCCCCGGCGAGGAUGAGCAGCCCCCAUGGCGGCCUCGACGACCAGAUCGAGCGCCUCAUGCAGUGCAAGCCCCUCCCCGAGGCCGAGGUCAGAGCACUGUGCGAGAAGGCCAAGGAGAUCUUGAUGGAGGAGAGCAAUGUUCAGCCUGUAAGGAGUCCUGUUACAAUCUGUGGUGAUAUUCACGGGCAGUUUCACGAUCUUGCGGAACUGUUCCGAAUUGGUGGAAAGUGUCCGGAUACAAAUUACUUGUUUAUGGGAGAUUAUGUAGAUCGUGGCUACUAUUCUGUUGAAACUGUCACGCUGUUGGUGUCUUUGAAAGUUCGUUAUCCUCAGCGAAUCACCAUUCUUAGAGGAAACCAUGAAAGCCGACAGAUCACUCAAGUUUACGGAUUCUACGACGAGUGCUUAAGGAAGUAUGGAAACGCAACUGUGUGGAAAACCUUUACGGAUCUGUUCGACUACUUCCCCUUGACAGCAUUGGUUGAGUCAGAAAUAUUUUGCUUGCACGGUGGAUUAUCACCAUCCAUUGAGACACUUGAUAACAUACGUAACUUUGACCGCACGCAAGAAGUUCCUCAUGAAGGGCCCAUGUGUGAUCUUCUGUGGUCUGAUCCCGAUGAUCGAUGCGGUUGGGGUAUUUCUCCUCGAGGCGCUGGAUAUACCUUCGGACAGGAUAUAUCAGAGCAGUUCAAUCAUACCAAUAACUUAAGACUUAUUGCUAGAGCUCACCAGUUGGUGAUGGAGGGAUUCAACUGGGCUCAUGAGCAAAAAGUGGUCACCAUAUUUAGUGCACCUAAUUAUUGCUACCGCUGUGGAAACAUGGCAUCAAUCUUGGAAGUUGAUGAUUGUCGGGAGCAUACUUUCAUCCAGUUUGAGCCGGCCCCGAGAAGGGGAGAGCCAGACGUAACUCGUAGAACGCCAGACUAUUUCCUGUGAUGAUGCGAAAUCGGUGUGGACCUCUGCACCAAAGGUCUGAUAACUAGCUGAAGUUUCAUGGCUGCAGAUAAAUCUUUUUGCUGAAAAUCAUCAACCUCCUGUGUGUUAUUCUUCUUAAUUUUUCCGCCCAUGAUGCCCCUGGCUGUUUGCGAGCCGCUUCGCCGCAUCGUGAUCAAAGUGUAUACCUACCUACCUACCUACCUACCUACCUACAGCUGGAAGGAUCCAUUGUGUUACUCACCUCUCUAACUGAGCUUGAGCAUCGAGCAGCGUUUGUAUUGUGAUGACAGGAAGCCAUUUCAU